AGGAGCUCCAAGGAGAUGGCUGCCACCAGGAUCUUGUCUUGGAUGGUGAUGAUAAUUCUUCACAUUCAGGUGGAUGCAGCAGAUUCUCCAACAAAAAUGCCUCUAACAACAGAUAAUUUUAAAGGAACAAGAGGUCCCCCAAUAACUACUGACACCACGACUAUCAUAGCUGAGGAGGUGCAGCUGAGGCUGAGCGAUGGGCCCAACUGGUGUGCAGGCAAUGUGGAGAUCUACUACUUUGGAUCCUGGGAGAAGGUGUGUGGGUACCUGUGGGACAUGCAGGAUGCCGAGGUGGUGUGCAGGCAGCUGGGCUGUGGCUCCCCUCUCACAACCACACACUUCUUCCCCUCGAACAACUCGUACCCCUACAUGUUUACUGAGGUGAAGUGUGCAGGCUACGAGACGUCCUUGUGGCAGUGCCCCUACACCUACCAGUACCGUGUCUGCCACCAUGGAGAUGCUUCUGUCGUAUGCUCAGACUCAGGAAUAACAGUGCCUCCAACAGCAGUACCAAAUGUCUCCAGAUUCAUGGUCCCCAGGUCAUGGACUACAACAGGAAACUUCUCCUGUGGUGGCUUACUUCAGGGAUUGUCCGGCACCAUCCAGAGCCCAGGAUACCCCAACCCCUACCCCGACAACUCCUACUGCGUGUGGCGCAUCAGCCUGUGGGACCCAGCCCGCAGGAUCCAGCUCCAGUUUACGGACGUGGAGCUGGAAGGCAGCAGCUGCUCCUACGAUGCCAUCGAGGUGUACGACGGAGGGUCCCCCCACGGCUGGCGCCUCGGCCUUGUUUGCCGGAACGACCAUCGUGUCUUCAACUCGUCUGGGAACCAGCUCACCGUCGUGUUCCGCAGUGACGGCAGCGUCACCAGGAGAGGCUUCCACGCCUACUACUCAUCUUCUCUUGCCUUCAAUAGCACUGUGGCUCCCAGUACUUCUCCCACUGUGCCAUCAGCUUCAGAAGAUUAUUCUUGUGGUGGCUUGCUUUCCUCUUCAUCUGGUACCUUACAGAGUCCAUUUUACCCCAGAAAUUAUCCAAACAAUGCCAAUUGCGUGUGGGAAAUACAAGUAAAGAGCAAUUUCCUUGUCGUUCUUGAAUUUCGAGAUAUUCAGAUGGAAGGUGGCAGAUGCCUCUCUGACUACGUGGAGAUCUACGACGGGCCCCUGCUCACGUCUCCUCUCCUGGGGAGGAUUUGUUCUGGAUAUUACCGCACCUACAGGUCGUCCUCAAACCUGCUGACCGUCCGCUUCCACAGCAACUCCCGAUACACGUACAGAGGGUUCCAGGCCACCUAUUACUCUACUCCAGCUGAUGACAGCACCACACUGCUGUGUUUGCCAGACUACAUGCACGUGGUUGUGAGCAGAUACUUCCUUCAGUCCCACGGCUACUCUGCUUGGAACCUCACCCUGAACGACCCCUCUUGUGCACCCAACAUUACAUCAAAUUAUGUGUCAUUCGACAUUCCAUACAAUCACUGUGGCACUGUCAGAGAGGGAGACAACAACACAAUCAGCUAUUCCAACAUUAUUAGAGGGUCCUCUUCUGGUACAUUAAUCACAAGAACUAGAAACCUUCUCUUGCAUGUCAACUGCAAGAUGCUCCAGAACACGUGGACACAGACGAUGUACAUUGCGGAUGACAACUUUGAGGUCAAUGAAACUCAGUAUGAGAGAUACAAUGUGAACCUCACAUUUUAUGACUCUUCAAGCUUCUCACGGCCAGUGUAUGACUCACCCUACUAUGUAGGCAUCAACCAGAAUUUGUACCUGGAAGCUUUCCUGCACAGCUCUGAUCCAUUUCUGACGUUAUUUCUGGACACUUGUGUGGCGUCUCCCACUCCUCACAAUUUUACAACAGGAUCCUAUGUUUUAAUCAAAAAUGGGUGUGCCAAAGAUCCUACCUAUGCUGAGUAUUCCUCAUCUCAAAGACACAUCGUGCGGUUUCGGUUCAAUGCCUUCCAGUUCAUUCGGAGCAAUCCAGAGGUUUACCUGCAGUGUGAGCUGGUGGUGUGCAGGGCCUAUGACUAUUCUUCCAGAUGCUACCAAGGCUGUGUUCAAAGGUCCAAGAGAGGGGCAAGCUCUGACAAAGAAAGUGUGAUUGUUGUUGCUGGCCCAAUACAGCUUUGGGAACCUGGUUCUGAGACUGGGAGUCAACAGGGAUCUGAAUAAAGCUGAUGCCUUUGACAUAUAGCAUCUUUAAAUGCUAAUUGAAUUCUGGAAGAAAUUGUGCUGCUAGAUUGCCAGAAGCUCUAGAAUAAAUAGUAGGAAUGUG